CUCCCUAGUCCUCGCUGCAGCAACUGUAGCAUCAAACCGCCCGCCAUGCCGGCCGAAACAAUCGAUCCUAGGAUGAUGAAGGUCAAUCCUAGGAUACGUUACAACACUGUCGGGGGUGUCAACGGACCAUUGGUCAUUCUGGAGAACGUCAAAUUCCCCCAAUACAAUGAGAUCGUUACUUUGACACUUCCGGAUGGCACAGAGAGAGCGGGACAGGUUUUGGAGGCUAGAGGUGAUAAGGCUGUUGUACAGGUUUUCGAAGGCACAUCAGGCAUCGAUGUGAAGAAGACAAAAGUCGAGUUUAGUGGACACAGUCUAAAGCUUGGUGUCUCGGAAGACAUGCUUGGUCGAAUAUUCGACGGCUCCGGCCGUGCAAUCGACAAGGGACCCAAGGUACUGGCAGAGGACUAUUUGGAUAUUAAUGGCAGCCCUAUCAACCCAUAUUCGCGUGUGUACCCCGAAGAAAUGAUCUCGACCGGCAUCUCCGCUAUUGAUACGAUGAACUCCAUUGCCCGUGGGCAGAAGAUUCCUAUCUUCUCCGCCGCCGGUCUUCCUCACAACGAAAUUGCCGCUCAGAUUUGCAGACAAGCGGGUCUCGUCUCCAAGAGUGUACAUGAUGGGCAUGACGACAAUUUCUCCAUUGUCUUUGGUGCUAUGGGUGUCAACCUGGAAACCAGUCGAUUCUUCACGAAAGACUUCGAAGAGAAUGGCAGCAUGGAGCGCACCACGCUCUUCCUCAACCUGGCAAACGAUCCGACAAUUGAACGUAUCAUCACACCUCGUCUCGCUCUUACCACCGCCGAAUACUAUGCCUACCAACUAGAAAAGCACGUUUUGGUCAUUCUUACCGACUUAUCAUCAUACUGUGACGCUCUCCGUGAGGUGUCCGCUGCCCGUGAAGAAGUGCCGGGACGAAGAGGUUUCCCAGGUUACAUGUACACGGAUUUGUCGACCAUAUACGAACGUGCUGGCCGUGUCGAAGGCCGUAAUGGAUCUAUCACCCAGAUUCCCAUUUUGACCAUGCCUAACGACGACAUUACCCAUCCUAUUCCUGACCUGACGGGCUACAUCACGGAGGGCCAAAUCUUUGUGGACCGCCAACUCGAUAACAAGGGUAUCUACCCACCCAUCAACGUCCUUCCUUCUCUCUCGCGGCUCAUGAAGUCUGCCAUCGGCAAGGGACGUACGCGUGACGAUCACGGUGACGUAUCAAAUCAGCUGUACGCCAAAUACGCCAUCGGCCGAGAUGCAGCAGCCAUGAAGGCUGUCGUCGGAGAGGAAGCUUUAUCCAACGAGGAUAAGUUGUCGCUCGAGUUCCUCGAGAAAUUCGAGCGCACAUUCAUUCAACAAUCAGCUUACGAGUCACGCUCCAUCACCGAGUCUCUCGAUCUUGCAUGGUCGCUCCUGCGCAUUUAUCCGAAGGAGCUACUCAAUCGUAUUCCGGCCAAGGUCCUGGAUCAAUACUACCAGAGGACCAGUGAUAGGAAGAGCAAGCGCGGAAACAAGGAUACGAAGGACAGUGCGGGCAAGGACGGGCCGGAGCAGGAGCAGAGUGAGAACCUGGUGGAUGUUUAGAGAGCAUUGAUGGGAAGGAACAGGAAGACGGAGACGGAGACGGAGACGACGUAGGAGAAGUAGAAGGAGAAGUUGCAUGUAGUCAGGGUCCAGGAACACACGAAACGAGCGCACAUCAUACUUGGUAGAGAAAUGCAGUGCCUUGCGCGGAUAGACAAAUGGCCUGGAGGAAUUAUGUAUACUUUCGACACGUGAGCGAAUCAUAAAUUUUGACUGCCACGACUAUUAUCUCCACUCUAGCAACGUCAUCUGAACGACUGAUCCAGCACACAGAAAAUAGGCCACCCGUUCGUCGUCCUAGCCA